AUGUCCUAUUUAGGCCGAAAGUUUCAGAGUUCGCGAAUUGACACUCACAUUCAUGUCAUUCCCCCAAGCUAUCUCAAAGCACUCAAUGAAAACGGUGGCGAUCCCUCCGGAUGGCCUACCCCGUCAUGGACUCGUGAAGAGUGUAUACGAUUCAGUGAUACAGUCGGAUCUUCAUUCUCCGUUCUAUCAAUUACUGCUCCAGGCCCAGCAUUACUAGGUCCCACGCCAGCAGGCCGCGAAUUAACUCGUUCUGUCAAUGACGAAGUCUGGGAAAUUUGUCAAUCGUCGGAAGGCCGCUUUGGCUUUUUUGCCAGUCUUCCUGAUUUCAACGACAUCGAAGGAACAUUGGCAGAGAUUGACGACAUUUUUAUGGCUAAAAAAAGGGCUAACGGUGUUAUUGUCAUGUCAUCCUAUGGUGAUAAACUUGUUGGUGACGAUGCGUUCAAACCGAUAUGGAAGCGUCUAGAUGAUCACAAAGCCUUGAUAUUUGUUCAUCCAGGUCACGUUCGAAUCAUACCUGAGAACAUCGCUGGGUUCCUACCUCAGCCAGUCAUCGACUAUCCCCAAGCAACAACCAGGGCAGCUCUGUCAAUUGUUCUCUCGGGAAUUUUUACAGAAUGUCAGAACAUCAACGUCAUCCUUAGUCAUGGUGGUGGCACCCUACCUUAUCUUGGUGCACGUGCUGUAGGCUCUCUUCUCCAUCCAGCCAUCAAAUCUAAAGCGGCAGUAAGUAUGCUGCAGGCAAACCAAGCUCUAUCACGAUUCCAUUAUGAUCUAGCUCUUGCUACAAGCACACCACAACUGAAAGCCCUGGAGGCCUUUGCUGAUCCCCAGCGUGUCUUAUGGGGGAGUGACUUUCCUUACGCGCCAAAGGUGGGUAUCUAUGCCGGUCUAUUGGCAUACGCAAAGUAUACCAAAUGGGAAAGCGACUGCAAAAUCAACGCUAGCCAGUUACAUGAGAAUGCUCGUGGCCUGUUGGAGAAGCACCGACAAGAAAAUUCAUUCUUGCCGAGUCAAGGACUUGAAGAAAACCCCACACACGAGUUUGGGAUAGAUGAGAGUGAGGAUGCGAAAAAGGCACUUGAGGAAUUAUCUAAGUAG